UUACUAUGCGACGGAUUGUAUGCUUUUUGCUGCAGCACGAAGCACUGUAUCGAAGGCUAGACGGCGUGUUUGUUUUGAUACGUUUGGAGAGCCCAUGAAGCAAACGCGUUGACUUUAGUGCCUCAGUGCAUUAUUUGUGUUCAUAACUUGUUCGCUGCAAUGGUGAAGUUAAGAGCAAGAUGCGUUCUUGUUGGAGAUGCUGCUGUAGGCAAAAGUGCUCUCUCCCAAAUGCUGAGGAGUGACGGGUCGCAUUUCCAGAAAAUCUAUUCCAUGACAACUGUGGUGGAAGUGCUGACAAAAUGCGUGACCAUCCCAGACACCAGUGACAGUGUGGAGCUGUACAUCUUUGACUCGCCGGGGAGAGAAAUCUUUGCAGAAGCCUGCGAGAAAAUGUGGGGGCAGCCGUCGGUGCUGUGCGUGGUGUUUGACAUCAGCAGCGAGGCGUCCUUUAACAGCUGUGGCCGAUGGCUGGAGCGCGUCAGGGCACAGUGCCAGGGACAACAGGUACCCGGUGUCCUGGUGGGUAAUAAGUCGGACCUGUCGUCCAGGCGGGAGGUGGAGGUGGCGGUGGCCCAGGAGUGGGCUCAGCAGCAGGGCCUGGAGUACUUUGAAACAUCCGUGGUAAAAGAGAUGGAGAACUGUGACGCCCCCUUCGUCUGCCUGGCCCAGGCCUUUCACACACAAUACCAGGAGCAGAUCAAGACCACGGAGAGUCUAGUGACCUGAACACACACACACACACACACACACACACACACACACACACACACACACACACACACACACACACACACACACACACACACACACACACACACACACACACACACACACCAGGUACAGCCUCACUGUAGAUACAUAUUUAUUUUUUUAUAAACACUCAAGAGUUACUACAGUCACUGUCCAGUAUCAUUUUACAGUUACACAUGUCCCCAGUGCACACUUAAUUAUUAUAAACACUCCUUUGAGCAUUCCACAGUAGCUUCCCAAUAAGAAAUGAUAGUUAUAGUUACUGUGUAUU